AUGCGUAACUUUAAUGAACUUGACGAGGGGCGUCUUCUCCCGCAGCGCCUGCGUCUACAUUUCCAGCAUGCUUCCAACUCCAGCGAGCGCGGAGGGUGGAUUUCCUGUUCCUCAGUGGACAUGGAGAUCAAGAGGCACCGAGUCCGACAGAGCACUUUGUUCAUGCAAGGACAGGAUGGGAACAUCCAGCAAAAACUUGACUUUGAGAUGAGGAUGCGAGAAGGAGCCUAUAAGCUGCUACAGGCCUGCACCAAGAGGGAGCAGGUGCUGAGCGCCUCAAAGAACCUGCACACCUCCAAUGCUCGGGUGAAGACCUACCUGAGCCAGAUGCAUCAGCAGGACACCAUGGACGUAGUGGCCAGACUCUCUGAGACUCAAACAGACGAGCGGAUUCCUUGUCACGCCACAGUUGCACUGUCUGGUCUUAGGAUUCCUCUGUUGUGGCGAGAUUCGGAUCACUUCAAUAACAGAGGAAGCUCUCGUCGGGUGGCACUCUUCUGCCUCAUGCAGAGUGGGUCUGAGGUGUUUGACACAGAAAUGGUGGUGGUGGAUAGAUCAAUCACUGACGUGUGUUUUGAGGGAGUCACAAUGUUCAAAGAUACACUUCCCCAGUUUGAGCUGAAGGUGGAGCUGUGGAGCUGUGCUGUGGAAGAAGAAAUCACUUCAGUCAAUACUCCAAAGAAGCUGGCCAAGAAAUUCCGCAGUUCUUUUGGAAAAUCAGCAGGAAAGAAACUCCAUCCUCUGCUGGAUGCUCCGGAUCCAGAGGCUUUCCUGCAGCACAACCCUGUGCCCUCGGGAUCUAAAUUCAACCUAUUGGCAUACACCACUCUGCGUCUUCCUCAGGCUGAGGGAAGUUUCCAGUCUCAUUCACUUAUUGUUGUACAGAACUCUGAGUGGUCCUCCUGGCUCCCUCUCUAUGGAAACCUCUGCUGCCGCCUGGUGGCUCAGCCUGAGUGCAUGACACGCAGCAUGAAGUCUGGAUUCCUCUGUCAAAAGCUCAGUGUCGAGGGCAUGAAGCGAUCUCGUCAUCUUUACUGUGAGCUGAGUGCUGGACUAUUGUCUUGUUACUUCACACCUGAGGAAGUUCAAGCCAAAGUCGGCCCGACUCUUGAAGUGCCAGUCAAUCAGGACACUCGUAUUCGUGUAAUGGAAACCUGUUGUUCAGGGCAGAGGCUCAAGACUCUGUCCAUCAACAACCACUCAGAGAGCGUGGUCUUCAGCACAGAGUCCAGAGACGAGCUGGACCAGUGGAGCCACGCCCUGCACCAGCAUCUGUUUGACCAGAGUCAAUGGCUUCAUUGUUGUGACAAACUGAUGAAGAUAGAGCUCCUAUCACCACGGAAACCAUCGCUCUUCCUCACCAAAGAGGCCGAUUCCGUUUACAAUGACCUGAGUAUCAAUUCACCGGGUAAAUUUGAGAGUAUCACUGACAUCAUUCAUGAUGAAAUUGAGAAGACUGACGGCCGUUUUCUGAUUGGUAGGACGCUGUGGGGGUGGGAGUGUGGACAGGGGAUAGAGGUGGUGCAGGGAAGGGUCCCCCGUACAGAGCGGCUCCACCAGGGUGCCUGUAGAAGGGGUGAGGCACUGGGCCUGGCCGGCCAUCAGCUGCGGUGA